AACAUGGACCUAUCUAAUGGCCAUCCCACCCCUACCCAUCCGUCAGGGGGUUCCUCUACCUCCCUGGCUGGCCAGGCUGGUCCAGAGGCCCCUUUGACUAGAGGGCUCUCCUGCAGAGAGGGAAAAGAGGGCUCUCGUAGGCCCUUCUGCCCUCUUCUCCUCCCACCAUGACUUAGCCCUUAAGCUGAGCAAGCAGCAGCAAUUUGCCAUGUUUGUGCCUAGGAUCCUCAACCCUCCUGACAUGCCUAUCCUGGAAGGCUCCGUGGGAGUGGAGGACCUUGUCCUCCUGGAACCCCUGGAUGAGGAUUCCCUGAUCAAGAACCUCAAGCUUCGCUACGAAAACAAGGAGAUUUAUACCUACAUCGGGAAUGUGGUGAUCUCAGUGAACCCCUACCAGCCGCUUCCCAUCUAUGGCCCAGAGUUUAUUGCCAAAUACCAGGAUUACACUUUCUAUGAGCUGAAACCCCACAUCUAUGCUUUGGCAAAUGUGGCCUACCAAUCACUGAGGGAUCGGGACCGAGACCAGUGUAUCCUCAUCACGGGUGAGAGCGGAGCUGGGAAGACAGAGGCAAGUAAGCUGGUGAUGUCCUAUGUGGCUGCCGUCUGUGGGAAAGGCGAGCAGGUGAACUCAGUGAAGGAGCAGCUGCUUCAGUCAAACCCAGUGCUGGAAGCAUUUGGCAAUGCCAAGACCAUCCGCAAUGACAACUCCUCUCGAUUUGGAAAAUACAUGGAUAUUGAGUUUGACUUCAAAGGAUCCCCCCUUGGCGGUGUCAUCACAAACUGUAUGUGUCCCCUCCCAUGCAGCUCUCCUGCCUGCCAACUCUGUCCCCCUUUGCUCAUCUGCUUCUCCAGGCAGAGACUUCCCCAACCUUUGGGAACCACUGGGGCUCAGGGUAGAAUUAGAGCAAUGUGUCAAGUUGUGUCCUGGACUCUCAUGAGGGUGUUUCUCCACACUUUCCCAGAUCUGCUGGAGAAAUCCCGAGUGGUGAAGCAACUCAAAGGAGAAAGGAACUUUCAUAUCUUCUACCAGCUCCUGGCCGGAGCAGACGCACAGCUGCUAAGGGCCCUAAAGCUCGAGCAGGAUGCAAGUACCUACGCCUAUCUGAACAGGGAAGUAUCCAGAGUGCUUGGCAUGGAUGAUGCCUCCAACUUCAGGGCUGUGCAGAGUGCAAUGUCAGUGAUUGGGUUCUCAGAGGAUGAGAUCCGACAAGUGCUGCAGGUGACGGCUCUGGUGUUGAAGCUGGGGAAUGUGGAGCUGGCAGAUGAGUUCCAGGCCAAUGGGACACCAGCAAGUGGCAUCCGUGACGGGAGAGGUAUCCGGGAGAUUGGGGAGAUGAUGGGUUUGAGUUCGGUGGAACUAGAGAGAGCUUUGUGCUCAAGAACCAUGGAGACAGCCAAAGAAAAGGUGGUCACAGGGCUGAGUGUCAUGCAGGCUCAAUAUGCUCGGGAUGCCCUGGCUAAGAAUGUUUACAGCCGCCUCUUCGACUGGAUAGUGGGUCGCAUCAAUGAGAGCAUCAAGGUGGACACUGGGGAAAAGAAGAAGGUUAUGGGGGUGCUGGAUAUCUACGGAUUUGAGAUACUGGAGGAUAAUAGCUUUGAGCAGUUCGUGAUCAACUACUGCAACGAGAAACUACAGCAGGUGUUCAUAGAGCUGACCUUGAAGGAGGAACAAGAGGAAUACAAAAGAGAAGGCAUUCCAUGGACAAAGGUGGAGUACUUUGACAACGGCAUCAUCUGUAACCUCAUUGAACAAAAUCAGCGAGGCAUCCUGGCCAUGCUGGAUGAGGAGUGCCUGAGACCUGGGGUAGUCAGCGACUCCACUUUCCUAGCAAAGUUGAACCAGCUCUUCUCUAAGCACAGUCAUUACGAGAGCAGAGUCACCCAGAACGCCCAGCGCCAGUACGACCACACCAUGGGUCUCAGCUGCUUCCGCAUCUGCCACUAUGCGGGCAAGGUGACCUACAACGUGAUGGGCUUCAUCGACAAGAAUAACGACCUGCUCUUCCGAGACCUUUCCCAGGCAAUGUGGAAGGCCCAGCAUCCCCUCCUUCGGUCCUUGUUCCCAGAGGGUAAUCCCAAGGAAGCGUCUCUCAAACGCCCCCCGACUGCCGGGACCCAGUUUAAGAAUUCAGUGGCCAUACUCAUGAAGAACCUGUAUUCUAAGAACCCCAACUACAUCAGGUGCAUAAAGCCCAACAACCAGCAGCAGAAAGGAAAGUUCUCCUCAGAGCUGGCUGUGGUCCAGGCUCGAUACCUGGGGCUGCUGGAGAACGUUCGGGUGCGUAGGGCUGGCUAUGCCUACCGCCAGGUCUAUAAGCCUUUCCUGGAAAGGUACCGUUUGCUGAGCCGCAGCACCUGGCCUCACUGGAAUGGGGGAGACCGGGAAGGUGUGGAGAAGGUCCUGGAGUCUGUGUCUGUGUCUUCAGAGGAGCUCGCCUAUGGGAAGACCAAGAUCUUUAUUAGAAGCCCCAAGACUCUUUUCUACCUGGAGGAACAAAGGCGCCUGCGGCUUCAGCAGCUGGCCACCCUCAUACAGAAGGUCUACCGCGGCUGGCGCUGCCGGACCCACUACCAGCAGAUGCGCAAGAGUCAGAUUCUCAUCUCUGCUUGGUUCCGGGGCAACAAGCAAAAGAGGCACUAUGAGAAGAUGAAGGCAUCAGCAAUGCUGAUCCAGGCUUUUGUGAGAGGGUGGAAGGCCCGCAAGAAUUAUCGAAAAUAUUUCCGGUCAGGCGCUGCCCUCACCUUGGCAAAUUUUAUCUAUGCAAGCAUCGCACAGAAAUUUCUCCUGGAUCUGAAGAAGAAUUUGCCAUCCACCAAAGUCUUGGACAACACAUGGCCAGCUGCCCCUUACAAGUGCUUCAACUCAGCCAAUCAGGAGCUGCAGCGCCUCUUCUAUCAGUGGAAGUGCAAGAAGUUCCGAGAUCAGUUGUCCCCGAGGCAGGUGCAGAUGCUGAGGGAGAAGCUCUGUGCCAGUGAGCUGCUCAAGGGCAAGAAGGCCUCCUACCCUCAGAGUGUCCCUAUUCCGUUCCGCGGUGAUUACAUUGGGCUGCAGGGGAACCCCAAGCUGCAGAAAUUGAAGGGCAAGGAGGAAGGGCCUGUCCUUGUGGCAGACACAGUGAAGAAAGUCAACCGUGGCAAUGGCAAGACAUCUGCCCGGAUUCUCCUCCUCACCAAACGUCACGUGAUCCUCACAGAUGCCAAGAAGUCUCAGGCCCAAAUUGUCAUUGGGCUGGAAAACGUGGCUGGGGUGUCAGUCACCAGCCUCCAGGAUGGGCUCUUCGGCUUGCACUUGAGUGAGAUGUCAUCGGCAGACUCCAAGGGGGACAUCCUGCUGAUCAGUGACCAUGUGGUUGAACUGCUGACAAAGAUGUACCAAGCUGUGCUGGAUGCCACACAGAAGCAGCUCUCUGUCGCUGUGACUGAGAAUUUCUCAGUGAAGUUCAAGGAGAGCAAUGUGGCUGUCAAGGUCGUCCAGGGCCCCGGGGGGAGUGGGAACAGCAAGCUGGUUUGCAAGAAGAAGGGGAGUCAUUCCAUGGAGGUGACUGUGCGGUGAGGAGGUUGGGGCCUCCUCCUGGAGAUGCAGAACUUUUGUCCAGCUCUUUUGAUUGUGAGGUGGGGCUUAGAGUUGAAGGGCCCUUAGAAUCGGCCUUUCUGUUCCCUGGACCUUCUCAGAAUCCUUUUCCAGAUGUGGCAUUUUCUCAGCUCUGGCCCUUUUGCCCACUAAUAAAUGUGUCUUAAAAAGGUC